UAGUUAUUGUUAAGAUAUUUGUAUUGUUGGCAUUUCCAUUAGAUGUUAGUUUGUGCUGUGCUUGUAGCUAAAGUUUUAACUAAAGCAGUUAGCAUUCAUUUGUUAGCUCUUGGCUAACUAACAACAAGUAAUGUAAAUGGUAUUCUGUCAAGCUACGUGACAGAAAACAUUCAUAAAGGCGGUUCAGGUGCAUCCGAUUCUCGCUAAAGUCUGAAACACCUUGUGACUGCACCGCCAUGUCCAGCCAGUCCCUCCUGCUGCUGUUGCUGCUUAGUGUGGGAGUCUCUGCAGUCGAAGUUCAACGCCCUCGCGGCGUCCCUUUAUCAAAACUGCAGUUCUAUGAAGAGGGCAAAUCUUUUACUUGUCUGGAUGGCUCCCACACUAUUUCAUUUGACAGAGUGAAUGAUGACUAUUGUGACUGCCAAGAUGGCUCUGAUGAGCCAGGCACUGCUGCUUGUCCCAAUGGUAGCUUCCACUGCACCAAUGUAGGUUUCCGACCAACUUUUAUCCCCUCGUCCCGCAUCAAUGACGGAAUCUGUGACUGCUGUGACACAACAGAUGAGUACAACAGUGGUGCUGUCUGUCAGAACACCUGCAAGGAUUUGGGACGCAAAGAGAGGGAGAGCCUGCUCAAGAUGGCUGAGAUUGCUAAGGAGGGCUUUCUGCUUAAACAGCAACUUAUUCAUGAGGCCAAGAGUGGCCUAGAAGAUAAGAAGGCCAAACUUUCAGAUCUUCAGGUCAGUAAGAAGGAUCUGGAAGAGAAGGUGGAAGCUCUGAGAACUGUAAAAGAGACUGCAGAACAGCCAGAGAAAGAAGCUAAAGAGCGCCAUCUAAAGGCCUGGGAAGAUGAAAAAGAUCGCAUUCGCAUGAAGAAGGACAAGGCUAGAAUGGCUGAGAUGUUUCUUGGACUGGAUGAUGAUGUAGAUGGCUUCGUCACGGUGGCUGAGCUUCUGUCCCAUUCAGAGCUUGACCCAGAUUCAGAUGGUUCAUUCACAGAAGAAGAGGCCCAGGGUCUACUGGGAGGAGCGGACAAAGUCGACACAGUAGCGUUUGAGGGUAUUUGGGAUAAUAUCAAAGAGAAAUACAUUUCAGAGGCCGCCCCAGCUCCGGUGGACACGUCACAGGAGGACAUAAGGGAGCCAGUCUCUGACAAUGAUUCUGAGCCGUACCCUGAAGAUGACAUCCCAGAGGAUGAAGACGACGAUGAUGAAGAAGACGAAGAUGAUGACCCAGAUGAUGAUUAUAAGAGAACUCCUACAGCGCAAACUCAAGAAAAAAAGGAGGACGAUGAUGAGGGGACUAUGCCACCCUAUGACCAAGAGACGCAGGUCCUUAUUGAUGCUGCGCAGAAAGCCAGGGAUGAGUUUGAUGAGGCUGAGAGAGUUCUCCGCGACAAGGAUGAUCAGAUCAAAAACCUCGAGAAGGAAAUUUCUUUUGACUUUGGACCAAAUGCUGAAUUUGCCUACCUCUACAGCCAGUGUUAUGAGUUAACUACUAGCGAGUACAUCUACAGGCUUUGUCCGUUCAACAGAGUAUCCCAGAAAUCCAAGUAUGGUGGAUCUGAAACGAACCUCGGAACAUGGGGAAAAUGGGCAGGUCCUGAGGAUAAUAUCUACUCUAUGAUGAAGUAUGAACAUGGAACAGGGUGCUGGCAAGGGCCUAACAGAUCCACCAUGGUUAAGUUAACAUGUGGAAAGGAGACAGUUGUGACAUCUACCUCAGAGCCCCAGCGCUGUGAGUACCUGAUGGAGUUCAUCAGCCCUGCCAUCUGCCAGGAGCCCCCAAGCCCGGGUUCAGAUCAUGUUCUGCAUCAGGAGCUCUAGAUCCACUGAAUUUGCUUUUCAUCUGGGACCACCGUCACUACAGCCGCACUGUUGAGAAUGAUGGAAAUUCCAAUCGGUUGUAUCAUCUAUACCUCCAGUUCCUACUUCUGCCUGCUGUUUUAGGGGUGGGGGUUGCUUGUCAAAUGUAGUGUCAUUCCAUUGUUUUGAAAUAAACACUGUUUUAUCAUUGUCCAGA